GAAGGAAGAUUCGUGUACCUAAUCCCUAUAUAUAUGUGUGUAUAUGGACACGAUCCUCACAAUAUUUUUGCCUAUCCGUGUUCGUCGCACAAUCAACAAUAAGCAUGGCCCCCCUUUCUUUCACCAAAUCUCUCUCAUUCGUCCUCAUUCUCAUUCUAUGCUCCUCUCCCGUCCUACUGGCCGAUCAUUCUGAAGAAGAAGUUGAGGAUGAACACCCAUUCCUUUACGAAGAGGGAACUGGGAAAGGGCCAGAACGCUGGGGAAGUCUUAAGCCAGAAUGGAAACUUUGUGGUACUGGGAAAUUGCAAUCUCCGAUUGAUCUUCUGGACGAAAGGGUCCAGGUUUUUCCAAACUUGGGCAAACUUAAAAGAGAUUACAAACCUGCUCCAGCUACCAUCAAGAACAGGGGUCACGACAUUAUGGUCCAUUGGAAGGGAUAUGCAGGUCAGAUUAACAUAAAUGGAACUUAUUACAAACUAGUGCAGUGCCAUUGGCAUGUACCUUCAGAGCAUACGGUGAAGGAAAAAAGGUUUAACCUGGAGCUCCAUGCAGUUCAUGAAUCAGAUGAUGGAAGGUUGGCUGUUAUUGGAAUUUUAUAUGAAUAUGGCCGCCCAGAUCCUUUGCUUUCGAAGCUGAUUCCCCACGUAAAGUCAAUUGGCGAGGAAGAAAGAGAUUUGGGAAUACUAAACCCUGGAGACAUUAAGUUUGGAAGCAGGAAGUAUUAUAGAUACCUUGGCUCUAUUACAGUCCCACCUUGCACUGAAGGUGUCGUCUGGACUAUAGUGAAAAAGGUGAGGACAGCCUCAAGGGAGCAGAUCAAAGAAUUGAGAGAUGCUGUUAAUGAUGGUUUCGAGAAAAAUUCAAGGCCUACGCAGGAACUAGACGGAAGACCAGUUUGGCUAUAUACCAAGGGACCGUAAAUAUAUGUGCGCGCGCGCGUGCUCUAAAGAUAGAGAGGGAAGUGAACUUCUUCCGUGACGUUCUUGGAUGGACAACAAAUAAACCAUUUUGUUAUGAUUUACAGCCUCCCACCAUUGUCAAGUUAUUCAGUUGAAU